AUGCUGGUGACCUCGGCGUCCACACCGCGUCAGUUCUUCCGCCGCCCAUUCCCGCCGCCGUCCCUGGCCAAGCACAUCAAGGAGUCCCUCGCUCGCCGUUCGGCCGUCGCUCGCCGGCCUCCGCGUCGUAGGUGCCCAGGCCGCCCGUCGAGGUCCCGAUCCUUUUCGCACAUGGCAAGAGCCUUGGCCGUCGUUUGGCCGCUCGUGAAGGGAUGCAUCACCGGCAGCGUGCUCGGCAUCACCGUCGCCGACUGGGUCGCCACCGUCGUCACCAUGGACAGCGCCUCCAUGCACCCCCACCCUUGA